CGAUAUAUCUGUGAGGGAGGGUUCAUCGAAAUGUCAAACGGCUUCUUAAUGAUCUUCGUAUUAUACUCGGAUGCAUUUCUGUGAAGUCAAAACAUUUCUCACUAUCCACCAUUUGGCUCCACAGGUCUUUUCAACAGCUCUCAAGGUCGUCCUGCAGAACCUGUUGAUGUGCAUGGUGUGCUUCUACUCCCUCUACUACAUCGUGGUCAGUCUCUGCAUUGGACUGCUCAGGGUUCAUGAGAUCAACAGCUUGUUGGCACCAUUUGACUACACAACACAACCAUCAUGGCAGAACCCCAAAUACAUGGUUGGUGUGAUUUCCACCGAAGUGACGUAUCUUUUAGGAGGGCUGGUCUUCGCCUGGAUUGUAGAGGAGUGGGUCUGGGAUUACGCCAUAACUGUCACAUUGCUGCAUGUCGCCAUGACUGUAGCAGUGAUGUCAGACUUCCCUUCAGCUGAGCACUGGUGGAUAGCUCUGGGUUCAGGUCUGGUCAUGAUGAUAUUUGGGGGACAGCUCCUGGCCUACAAACUCUUCAGGAGCAACUUUGUUUAUCCCGCUGAACUGCAGAACUUCUAAUCAACACAAUGAGGAAAUCUUUUAACUGGCUUACUGGUUAAUCUCAGGUCUGCAUCAAUACCAAUGGGUUCACUUUGCAAAGGCUGUGCUGCUAGUUUCAUGUUAACACUGGUAUGAACAACUACAUUUUGUGCUAGAUUAUUUCAUCAUUUUAUUGUACCAAUAGCAAAUAUCCUCAUUUUAACAAUGUUUUUGUAACAUAUUCUGUACAGUUUGAAUAUUCUUUUGUAUUUUUUCUUUACAAACGUCAUACAGUAACAAAGUAUUGGCAGAAAUGACACAUGUAGGAUUCUGUCAACUCCUGGAUAUUACACCUGAAAUAUAUCUACUACCACUAAAUAUUUUCUCAGGGGUGAAUUGACUCAGCUAUUUUCUAAUUGUGAUGUCAGGUCAUUUUUUUAAUAUGUUACACAUCAGUCUUGUAGAAUCUGCAGUGUAGGAGUCCAACAGAUAAAAUACCUGCCUGGACACAAAGCAAAUAUGAUCUGUGCUACAUGUGUUUAAGAAGUUGUGUUUGCAGGAAGAAAUCAAUAUAUGUAAUCAUAUAUAAUGUCUUCAAUGUGGGUUGUAUAUAUAUAUUGGUUGAGAUCUAUUGGAUUAACA